GGGCUGCACGGCACGCCCGCGGCGGCCGCUGCCGGAGCAGGUACCGGCCGGGGGACGCCGUGUGGGAGUGAGUGAGUGGACGGUGUUCACGGGGGUGGCGCGGCGCACCGCGCGGCACGUGGACCCGCUGCUGCUGCUGCCGGCGGGCUACUGGACGUGCUGCUGCUGCUGAACAGAGUUUAACUCUGCUGUUCAGAAGACUCGCCACGGACCUCGUGCUGUGUUCUGAAGGCCGAAGACGACAGUCUCCUGCCGUGAAAAAGCUUUCCAUACCCUCAGCUCGACUUGUUCACAUCGUGUACGCAGAUUCGGUCUAGACUCUCCAGAGUGACCCGCAGUGCACUAACGUAGCACGGGGCGGCCAAGCGUGGCCCAGGGUGUCUGGGGCUGAACACCCCAACACCUGACGAGUGACCCAGAGGCGCCUGAGCAGGCCGGCGGCUCAACAAGCCGGCCGAGGUAACCUCAGCUGCGUCACGUCAUCCUGCGCCGGUGAACAGCACCAGAGCUGACCUGAACAGCGCCAGAGCUGACCUGAACAGCACCCGAGCUGACCUGAACAGCGCCAGAGCUGACCUGAACAGUGCCCGAGCCGACCUGAACAGUGCCCGAGCCGACCCAAACAGCGUCGCACCUUCCUUUGCUCUACCAUGGCACUGGAGCGGGGUCGACCGUCGGUGCGCACCACGCGAGGCUCGUACCGCGGCUCAGCCCGCUCGUCCAGCCACUAUAACUCGUCCUCGUCCUCCAGCAUGGACCCCGAGGAGCGCUGCAAGCGGUGCUGCCGUACCGUCACCUCCUUCAUGUUCACCCAGGUGGGCGUGGGUGCCCUGGUGAUCGGCUACGCCAUCCUGGGUGCCGUGGCCUUCAUCUCCAUCGAGACGAACGCGCUGGACACGCUGAUCGCCAACGUCACCGCCAAGCGGCAGACGGUGGCCGUCCAGCUGUGGAACGUCACGCGCCACAUACAGUUCAACCGCGCUCGCUGGGACCUGGAGAGCCAGCUCAUCCUCAAGACGUACCAGGACAAUGUGGUGCAGGCCAUCAAGGGGGGCUACGACACCAGGAGCGCGCAGCGCUGGACAUUCCCGGGGGCGCUCAUGUUCUGCCUCUCCGUCUUCACCAUGAUCGGCUUCGGCAACAUCGUGCCCCGCAGCCCCUGGGGCAAGAUCGCCACCAUGUGCUAUGCGCUCAUCGGGAUCCCGCUCUACAUCCUGUACUUCCUCAACAUGGGCGAGGUGUUCGCCAAGACGUUUAAGUGGAUCUACACCCACAUAUACCGAUGCACGGAGGAGAGGGAAAGGCGUGCCAGGCUGGCCAAAAUGGAGAUCGACGUGGAGGCGCUGGGGGCGGAGGCGUUCCAGGAGCAGCAGAUCCAGGUGAUAGUACCGACCACAGCUUGCAUAUAUGUGCUGAUCGGGUACCUGGCCGGCGGCACCAUCAUGUUCGCCGAGUGGGAAGACUGGGGCUACCUCGACUCCUGCUACUUCUCCUUCACGUCCAUCCUGAAGAUCGGCUUCGGAGAUUUCUUCCCCGGCGCCAACGUCCGCGACUCAAACCAGGGCAAUCAGCUGAAGCUAGUCAUCAACUUCAUGUACCUGCUGGUGGGCAUGGGCCUGCUCGCCAUGUGCUACUACCUGAUGAAGGAGGAGGUCGUGCUGAAGAUGCGCGAGAUUAAGAAGUCGGUGCUGAAGCGGCUGCUGUCCUGCUGCGGCAGGAUCUGGGGCCGCGAAGACAAGUCCAACUUCAAGAACUUCCACAACGCUGACGGCACGUCCGUGCACUCACGCGGUCGCAAGUCGGUACGCCGUCGGUAACCCCGGGGGUAAGCAGGUCAAAACUCUGAACGCUCGAGGGUCGGCAGUGUCGCGCCGGUCAAGUUUACGCGCGCGCUCGACACAGGGUACGCAGUGCCGGCACAAGUCACACACGGUCGGUGAAGGUCAUCCGAGGUCAACGGGGGUCACCCGGGUCGGCAGAGACCACGCGGUCCGCGUAAUCAGAGGUUGUGAGCGACAGGCUGUCUAAGCCAGGACUUUCACAGCGGUGAGGCGACCGGCCGGCGUCAGCUCAGGCGAUAGCGGCGGCGAGCCACCAGAGCGCAGAUGGGCGGUGACGAACGGACCCGGCCGACUACGGACCCGGCCGACCACGGACGCGGCCUACCGCGGACCCGGCCUACCGCGGACCCGGCCGAACGCGGAUCCGGCCGACCGCGGAUCCGGCCGACCGCGGACACGACGGUGGUGGCUGGCUGGUCGCCCCACGCGCUGAGUGCUGGGAUGGAGCGCGAGAGCGGCAACUGUGGCGCGGGUGACGCGUGACGUCAUGGUGUGAGCGAUGUGAAGUGAACAAGUUGCGCGGAUCGGACCUCCGCGGACCUGUGCGAAGGAUAUCCGGAUCUGUGACGGAUCGGGGCGGACCUAUAUGAAGGACGUUAGUUAUAAUUCAUGGUGAGCUUGAUAAGCCAGCUGAGCUAAAUUCGGCAAAGCUGUUUGAUCCUUCAUUGCUGGCGUCCAUUUUGAACGAUGUUUGGGAGACUUGCAUUAAUAUAGAAAUGGAGAUUGCAACUGCGGUAGGUUUGCACACAAUCAUGACUCAUGCUGCAUUGCAUUUUGUAAUGGAUAUUAUCGUAGGUGACGAAUCACCCUCUGCCCAACCCUUGUAUGAAAACUUUGUAGUUACUGAGGCAGGCGCGGAGACGGUUAGCGUACUGCAAGGUACAUCAACGUGUGCAGCGUCUUUGACAGGGUAAGGUAUCAUAUGUGUGAUAUCGUACUGUACUAACGGUUAGUACACUGUUCCUUCUACACCGUAA